AUGGCUCCCUCCAUUAAUGACUUCCCUCACUCCACCCCCUCGCCUCAAUUCCCCGUUUGCAAGAUAGGCAUCAAUGGCUUCGGCCGCAUAGGUACCCGUCAACCUUCUUACCACAACCAGACUGAUACUCACAGCUGGACCCCAGGCCGCAACGUCCUCCGCGCCGCCCUCAGUAGACCCGACCUCCAAAUCGUCGCCAUAAACCACACCUGCACCACCAUUGACGACCUCAUCCACCUAAUCCGCUACGACUCCUCCAUGGGCAACCUCCCACCCUCGAUCCCCAUCCACGCCCUCUCCGACACCCUCCUCAGCAUCAACGGCCACAAAAUCGCACUCACCUCGGAACGCACCCUGCAGAACCUCAACUGGGCCGCCCUAGGCGCCGAGUACGUUAUCGAAUGUACGGGGAAGUUCACGAAACACGCGCAGGCUCUUGAGCAUAUUACCCACGGCCGCGCGAAACGGGUUAUCAUCUCCGCGCCGAGCGCUGAUGCUCCGACGUUCGUGUUCGGCGUUAACAGUGACGGAUACACCGCCGAUGAGGAGCGGCGAGUGAUCUCCUGCGCGAGCUGCACGACCAACUGCGUGACGCCUGUGCUGAAGGUUCUGCAGGGUCAGUUUGGGAUUGCGCAGGGGUUUUUGACGACUGUGCAUGCGGCGACGAGGUCGCAGUCGGUGUUGGAUGGGUAUAGUCGGAAGAAUCGCCGACUGGGUCGGAGUGUCUUUGAUAAUAUCAUCCCGACGACGACAGGUGCGGCCAAGGCUAUUGCGACGGUGUUGCCCGAGUUGAGCGGGAAGGUUACGGGGGUGUCGAUCCGGGUGCCGACUCCCAACGUCUCCAUGAUUGACUUGACGGUCAGCACGGACAAGCCCACCUCGCUGGCUGAGGUCCUGGCUGUGUUCCGCCGUGCGGCAAAGGCAGAGCUGGCGGGGGUGUUGGCUGUGAGUGAUGAGGAGCUGGUCAGCAGUGAUUAUCUUGGGAAUCCGCAUAGUGCUGUUAUCGAUGCGCCGGCUUGUUUGGAGUUGAAUCCUCAGUUCUUCAAGAUCAUGGCGUGGUAUGAUAACGAAUGGGGAUAUUCGAAUCGGCUGCUGGAUCUGGCCAAGCAUGUGGCUUCACAAGAACUUGAGCAUAGAUAG